AGAGGAAGAUGGAAACUCCACUGUGUAUGUCUCGACAGGCCGCGAUUUCUCCUUCCAGUCCAACUAAUAAAUGUCCAAGCUGCUUUUACAUUCGCAAAAGAUACUCCGUAUGGGAGACGUCCCCAAACUAUUGCCCACCGAGGAUAUAAAGCCACAAACCCAGAAAACACAAUGAGCGCGUUUAAGGGAGCAGUAGAAAUAGGGGCGCACGGCAUCGAGACCGAUUUACAUCUGUCUAAAGACGGCGUGGUUCUUCUUUCCCACGAUGCUACUCUCAAACGGUGUUUUGGAAAAGAUGAGAAGCUUAUAGACUGCAACUGGGAUUAUAUCAAAACGCUGCGCACCUUGAAAACACCACACCAACCAAUGCCUAAAUUGAUAGAUCUUUUGGAGUAUUUAACAACGCCAGGUCUUGAAGACAUUUGGAUAUUGCUAGACGUCAAGAUUCUUUUGCCGAGCCUGGUGGAAGUCAUAAUGGGUAAUAAACCCGCGCAGACCAAGGUUGACAAUUACGCCGAUGAUCUUUUCAGGUCGGUUGCAGCUACAUUGGCAGACGUCAAGUCAUCACGCCCUUGGAAUGAACGCAUAUUAGUGGGAUGCUGGGCGGCGAAAUACCUCCCCUUGUGCAUGAAAUAUCUACCGGGAUAUCCUAUAACGCACAACGGAUUCAGCGCCGAUUAUGCGCGGCAGUUCCUCAAGGUUCCUGGCGUUGGCAUUAAUAUGUUUCAAAUGUUGAUAGUAGGGCCACGUGGAAAUGCUUUACUUCGGGACGUGAAGAAGAAGAAGGCUGACCGCUCGAUACUGCUAUGGACGGUUAAUGAGGAAUCGUGGAUGAAAUGGAGCAUUAGGCAAGAAGUGGAUGGCGUGAUAACUGAUGACCCCAAGAAGUUUCUGGAGGUAUGCAAAAGUUAUGAUAAGGAUGAGAAGUUACACCACUCUCGGGAGUCUUGGAAGGCCAUUCUCCGGCAGCACAUACGGGUUUUGAUGUUCGGUCUCUCUUUUAGAUUGAAACACGGAUUCUGGGUCGACGUUGAAAAGGCUAGGAAAAGUUUAGAGAGCUGA